GAUAACGUGAGAGGACUGCAUCAUUUCUCUGACUCAUUGUGGUACAUGUAUGGUGCUCUAUUAACUCAAGGGGGUGAACAUAUGGCAGGUUCGUCCUCAGGUCGGACAUUAUUAAGCUCUUGGUGGAUAUUUUGCAUCAUAAUGAUGGCAACAUACAGCGGUAACCUUGUGGCCUUCCUAACUGUAACUAAAGAUAAACUGCCAUUCUCUGAUAUUGCUGGACUUGUGGAACUUGGUAGUUAUAAAUGGGGAACACAAGAGGGAACUGUCUUUGAAACGAUUUUCAAGGCUUCCACCCGACCAGAUUAUGUAAAGUUUUGGAAGGGAGUGGUUGACAACAAUAAAACGAACCCGAAUAUUCUGAGUGCAGACGGAGAUGUUCAAGUACGACUUGUAAUGGAGGGAGACUACGCAUAUGUAGGUGACAAAACUCACUUUGAAUUAACGAUGGCUACUAACUGUCAUCUGACAAUGGUGCUUUCAGAUAUUGUUUCAAUGCAAUACGCCAUAGCACUCCCUAAUAACUCUCCGUUCACCAAGAUUUUUUCUGAUGAAAUGACUGCCAUGUUCGGGAAUGGACUAUUUCAGAUGUGGAAGUUAAAACACUGGCCGAAACAUGGAAUGUGCCACGAUGAUGCACGGAAAGAAUCUACACCAAUAACUCUAAUAGAUAUACAUAGUUCGUUUUACGUCGUAGCGAUUGGUAUUUUCGUUGCCUUAAUUUUUCUCAUAUGUGAAUGUUUCAAAUGGAAACUCUAUAGCAAACAUAGCAGGAAAUUGCUGCAAGACCAAGUAAAAGAAACAGAACACGACAUUGAACUAGUAAAGACAAAAUCAGAUCUAGAGGACUCUAUGUUAUACUAGAUG